AUCUCUCACCACUCAUUAAUAUCUACCAACUCAAUCGAUAAGGACACCUUUGAGCCAGAAGACGGGAAGACCUGGCUUACUCCGAUGUCAAUUCAAUGAGUAUCAGCACUUGUCAUUGGGGAAGGGGAUCAAAGGUGUCAAAUCUAAGGCCACAAUUCAGUAUAUUCUGGGUGUAAGAUGGAGGUUGACUCCCGCCCGAGACUUGACAGAGAACGCCACAUCAAAUACUGGAAACGCUGCGCCCAGCUUCUGCCUGAACCAUACUCUGCAGGUGAGGCGAGUCGAAUGAGUUUUGGCUUCUUCAUAGUGGCUGCUCUAGAUUUACUGGACGCCUUAGACACUGCAACGACAGCAAAAGAAAGAAAAGGAUGGAUUGACUGGAUCUAUUCCUGCCAAGUGCCCUUCACUGGCGGGUUUCGAGGGUUCACAGGGACCAUGCUGGGUGGUAUGAGAAGCCUACACAACUGGCACUGGGACCCGGCGAAUCUACCCAAUACAUACUUCGCAUUGGCUACGCUGAUAAUGCUGGGAGACGACCUUAGCAGAGUUAGGAGGGAAGAAUGUAUGAAAUGGGUACGAUGUUUACAGAGAAAGAAUGGCAGUUUUGGAGAGUAUCUCGGCGAGGAUGACGAGAUUGAAGGCGGCGACGAUCCAAGACUAUGCAUGUGCGCCGUCGGCACAUUGAAGCUUCUGCAAGGGCCGGACUCGGACAUUGAAACGAGUGCAAUAGACCAGGUGAGAUUGCAGGAGUACAUUUCAAACUGCCAAAGUCAUGAUGGUGGGAUUGCUCAACAGCCUCUUCUUGAAGCACACUCCGGUCUGAACUACUGCGGCAUUGCGACACUCUCCUUUCUCGGCUUGCUCCAGAAACCGCCGACACCAGCACAUGAGGUAGCGAGGCAAGCCGGAGUCGAUACCGCAGGGUGUACCAGAUGGAUGCUCGAUCGACAGACUACUUGGGUUGAAGAAGAAGACGAAGACGAAGAUGAAGACGAGGGUGGAGUGGACGAUGCUGAACCGAAGAACGAUUCUCUUGACAUGUCCGCCAUGCAAGAGCAAUUGGACCCUCAGAAGGUGAUCGCUGGAUUUUGCGGCAGAUGCGGAAAGAUGGCGGACACUUGUUAUUGCUUUUGGAAUGUGGGAGCUCUGGCUAUCCUGCAACAACAUGAACUAGUCGAGAUUGAAGCUCUGAGAAGAUAUCUUCUCGAAAAAGUUGCACAUUUGAUUGGAGGUUUUGCAAAAGCACCUGGAGAGCUUCCUGACCUUCUGCACUCGUAUCUCGGUCUCGCAACUCUGGCCAUCUACGGGGAGCCAGCGUUGAAGGAUUUCGACCCUACAUUUUGCUUCAGUAAGGAAGCUGUAGAGAAGCUCAACAAUGUCGCUUGGCGGCGAAGUUGACGUGCUAUAUGAAUGCAGGGGUGACUUCAGCUGAGUGCUGAGGCUCCUGGGUCAUGAGGCGCUCACGG